AUGUCGGACCCCAAUAUCCCUCUCGCCUGUCAGAACCUCCUCCACAGUUGGGCCACUUGCAUCGAUACAAAAUCCUGGGCUCGUCUGCCGGCGAUUUUCGCGUCCGUGAUCGACAUGGACUACUCGGCUCUCGGUCAACUCAAGGCUACCGCCGUUCAGCCGUCCGUCUAUAUUGGCCAAGUCUCCAGUCCAGACCAACUAGGAAACCCUGAGAUCCAGUCGCACCACUUGGUCGGCGCGUGCAAAUGGACGCAGGAGUCGGAAUCCCGCACAAGCGUCGAUUUUCAGAUCAUGACGGCGAUUCGGAGAGCUCCACGAGACGGUACUGCUGCUGUGCUAGCUACCGGCCACGGGAUUAACACGAUGGACUUCGCCCAGGUUGAUGGAGAGUGGAAGAUCACAGCGCUGAAGGUCGGAGUUCUCUGGAUCGAGGGGGAUUUUGCGGCCAUUUUUACGCCCAGCCUUUGA